AUGAAAUGGUUUGACUGGUUCACAGACGUUCACCCGAAGAAGACGCCAUACUUUCCCCAACCGGGCGACGAAGUGGUGUACUUCCGGUCGGGACACCAACACUACAUCGACAAAGUGCGCGAAAACAAGAUCUACAACAUUAGUCCCACUAUAAAGCCAUUCAAACAGAGGGCCUCUCAGAGGGAUGAGGUGUUCGCCAAAAUAGAGGACAUUAAAUACGAUGUGAAACCCCCGCGACUCGUGACCCUUAAGCUGGUUGUGCUCGACAUUGAGACCUUUGAGCCAACGAAUGCCCACUUCAUGGUCCGCUACCACGACGUGGAGAAUGUGGUGGACUUCAUAGUGUUGAGACAGAUGUACGACUUGUCGGUGGAGCGGAACUGGCAGGUGGGCGACGAGUUCAGGUCUAUCAUAGACGACAACUGGUGGUUCGGGUGCAUAACGUGCCUCAAAGAGAGCCAACCCUUCACCCAAUUCCAGUGUUUCGACGUGUUGUGGGCUAACGGCGACACAGAGUCCCUGAGUCCGUGGGAUUUGGAGCCCAUUAAUCACGAGACAUGGCUGCUCCUCUUCGCCAACAAAUUGAAGAAGUUGCUGCUCCUAACCGGGCUUACACCGGUUCUUCACCUCACAGUCGCCUAUGAUUGA